AUGUGUCAGCCGAAAGGGCAGGGUGGCCUCUCCGCCCGGGGAGCUGCCUCGGUGCGGAGCAGUGCCAGAGGCUUCAGGCGACGCGUGUCACUGAUGGAGCAAAGGAUAUGUGUGAAGCUCCCCCCUCCACAGGCAAGCGUAACCCUAGGACAUCAGUGUGUCCUAAAAUCUGUCCUGCUUUCCUCCUUGGUUUCACAGGAUAACGUGGAGAGGGCAGAUGCACUCCAUUUAACGGUGGAGGAGUUUGUUGAGCGUUAUGAAAAGCCUUACAAGCCCGUGGUGUUGCUGAACGCUCAGGUGGGCUGGUCUGCCCAGGAGAAGUGGACGCUGGAGCGGCUGAAACGCAAGUACAGGAACCAGAAGUUCAAAUGUGGGGAGGACAAUGACGGUUACUCUGUGAAGAUGAAGAUGAAAUAUUACAUAGAGUACAUGGAAACCACACGUGAUGACAGCCCCCUCUACAUCUUUGACAGCAGCUAUGGAGAGCAUCCCAAGCGAAGGAAACUCCUGGAGGACUACAAGGUCCCCAAAUUCUUCACUGAUGAUCUCUUUCAGUAUGCAGGGGAGAAACGAAGGCCACCCUACAGAUGGUUUGUGAUGGGCCCACCUCGUUCUGGAACAGGAAUUCACAUUGAUCCCUUGGGAACUAGUGCGUGGAAUGCCUUAGUCCAGGGACAUAAGCGUUGGUGCCUGUUCCCAACCAGCACUCCCAGAGAGCUGAUCAAAGUGACACGGGAAGAGGGAGGGAACCAGCAGGAUGAGGCCAUCACCUGGUUCAAUGUCAUCUAUCCUCGGACACAGCUUCCCACCUGGCCCCCUGAGUUCAAACCCCUGGAAGUCUUACAGAAACCAGGAGAGACAGUCUUUGUGCCAGGUGGCUGGUGGCACGUAGUCCUCAAUCUUGACACGACUAUUGCCAUCACUCAAAACUUUGCCAGCUGUACCAACUUCCCAGUAGUGUGGCACAAGACAGUAAGAGGGAGACCUAAACUGUCACGGAAAUGGUACAGGAUCCUAAAGCAGGAACAUCCUGAACUGGCAGCCUUGGCUGAUUCGGUUGACCUGCAGGAAUCUACUGGUAUUGCUUCUGACAGUUCUAGUGAUUCUUCCAGUUCAUCAAGUUCCAGCUCCUCAGACUCUGAUUCAGAGUGUGACUCUGGCUCCGAGACAGAGGGGAUGAUGCACCGCAGGAAAAAGCGGAGGACGUGUGGAAUGAUGGGAAACGGGGACACAACUUCCCAGGACGACUGCGUGAGCAAAGAGCGCAGCUCCUCCAGGAUUAGGGAAUCUUGUGGAGGCCGCAGCUACCCCUGAGGGAUAACACCACCUGCCCAGAGGCAGCUGCCGAUCGAAGCUCCGUUAGCAGCCAGCCAGCUCUGUUCUACCCCCUCCUGCUUCUAUUUCUCACACUCCUUAAGUUUUUGUCACCCUUCGUCGAUCCAGACAUCUUCAUUACGUGCUGUCCAAGGUUGGCUCCUGAAUAACCUGUAGGGCAAUGCCCCGACUGCGUCCUUUGUGCAAUGCUUUGUCCCCUCUGCGCCCCUGGUGAGUGCACUACAACCCAGCUGUGGGUAAGGACAUGCUGAGUAUUUAAUGGGUCAUGGAACUGGCAAGGAAGACAAUGGUCAGUUUUUAAAGAACUCCUUUUAAAACCAGCAGGUAAAUGUAAAAACCUGCCUUGCUUUGACACUGUCAUAUGUUUACAUGUUGUCCUGUACACUUGAGGAAAGGAACACCAGCCCUUUUGGCCUAUUGGAACGUCGGGUGGAUCUCACACCAGAAUUUCAGGAAGAACAAGGAAGAAAUGAACUUCUGCAAGAACUGAGCUGUGGAAAAUGAGUCCUUGGAUCUUACCCUGCUGCAGGAGAACAUUGCUGUCAGGGCUGGCGCUUCCAAGUGUGUGUCUCAUAAAAUCCUGGAAGUACGGGCACUUGGAAAGAGCCCGUCAGGAUCAUUGAGUUCAACUCCUGCCCUGCACAGAAACCAAGAAUCCCACCUUGUGCCCGAGAGCAUUGUCCAAACACUUCAUGAACUCAGACAGGCACAGUGCUGGGACCAUUGCCCUGGGAAGCCUGUUCCAGUGCCCAACUACCUUCUGGGUGAAAAAUGUUUCCAUGGUAUCUAAACCUGCCCUCACUCAGCUCCAGCCACUUCCUUGAGCCAUGUCACUGGUCACAAGAGUGAAGAGAUUGGUACCUGCCCCUCUGCUGUCCCUCAUGAGGAUGCUGAAGAGCCAAAUGGGGUCUGACCGCAGUCUCCUCCAGGCUGAACAGCCCAAGUGACCUCAGGCACUCCUCAUACAGCUUCCCCUCCAGAGCCUUCACCAUCCUCAUGGCCUCCUUUGGACUCUCUCCAAUGGCUUAAUGUCUGUUAGAUGUUGUGGUUCCCUAAACUGCCCCCAGCACUGAAGGUGAGGCUGCCCCAGAGCAGAGCAGAGCAGGACAGAUGCUGGGCCUGAUUGCCCCAGGACACGGUUUGCCCUCUGGGCUCCAGGGCACAGCUGAGAUCCAGCUUGCCACCAACCAGGACUCCCAGGUCCCUUUCCACAGCUCUGCUCUCCAGCCUCUCGUUCCCCAGUCUGUCCAACAACCAGGAGUGCCUGGACCCCAGUGCAGAAUCCAGCCCUUGUUAAACUCCACACGGUUGGUGAUUGUCCAUCUCUCUCGUUUGUUGGAGCCUCUCUACCCUCAAGGGAGUUGACAGCUCCUUCCAAUUUAGUGUUGUUGGCAAACUUAAUAUUCCUUCCAGUCCUGUGUCCGAGUCAUUAAUGGGGAUGUUGAAGAGCACAGGGAUAAGGAUGGAGCCCUGCAGAACCCUGAUAGUGGCCAGUGCCAGCCUGAUGUCACCCCAGUCACUGUCACCCUUUGUGUCCAACCUGUGAGCCAGUUGUUGCUCACCCAUCAUGUAACAUGGUUAGCCAGCUGUGGGCUAGACAGUUUGGGUCACCCUGUCACAGAAGGAGAUCAGAUUCAACAAGCAGGACUUUCCCUUCAUGAAGCUGUGCUGGCUGUGACUGAUGCCUGCAUUGUCCUCCAGGUGUUUUUCAGUAUUUCCCAGAAUCAUCUCUUCCAUGAUUUGGCCAGGCACUGAAGUGAGACUGAUAGGCCUGUGGUUUCCAGGGUCCUCCUUGUUCUCGAAAAUUGGGAUAUUUGCCAGCUUCCAGUCAGCUGGAACACCUCUGGAUUCCCAAGACUGCUCAAAAAUCAUUGAGAGGUGUUGCAAUGACAUCAGCAGCGUCUUGAGGAUUCUCAGAUUAAUCCCAUGCAGUCCUAUGGAUUUGCAGGCAUCCAUCUGGAGCAACAGAUCCUGCUGCUUUGGGGUCAACUGGGAGUUGAACAUUCUCAUAGUCACAGUCCUCCAGCUCAGGGCACUGAGACCCCUUGGUCCAUCAUCUGUGCUGAAGACAGAGGCAAAGAAACAUUAAACACCUCUGCCAGGGCCCUGUUUGUGAGGUGACCAUCCUCAUCCUGGAAUGGGCCAGUGUUAUUUCUAAUUCGCCUUUUGCCAUUAAUAUAUUUGAAAAAACUUUUUUAUUUUCCCCAUGGUUCUGGUCAGUCUUGUCUCAAGUUGAGCUUUGGCCAUGUGAAUUUUCUCCCUACAGUGGCAGCAGCAUUUCUGUAUUCUUCCCAUGUCACCUGACCUUGCUUCCACUGGGCAAACACCUUCCUUUUUUGUCUUGUUUCCAAGAUCCCUGUUCAUCCAGGGAAGGGAAGGUGAAUGCCCCAAGCACUGAAACAACUUCAGCAGAGGUGACCACCAACAUGAAGCACCUUUUGUGGUCUGAAUCUGUGUGCUCCAUGCACACACCUGAGGUGCAACACCUGAAGCAGCAACAGUCCAUCUACUGCCACUGUGUCACGGUGACAGGCAACAAAGCUGCACUAGCACCCUGUGAUGGGAAGCUCGAUGGAGCAGGAGAAUCCUGGAGUUUCUUGCACAGCAAAAACUGUGACAGGAAAAAGUCAGCAUUUGCCAGUAAUUCCAGCCUUUCAGGUGCAGGUGUGAUGUUUAGCACAAGGCAACUGCUGACAAAGUCUGACUGGCAGAAUCACAUUUGCUGGGCUUGAAACACCAAACAGUUCUGGGGCUGGGGGCUUGCUCAGUGCAGUUCACAUCCCUAAUGGCUUUUCUUUGAGGUUAUGCAUUCAGACCUUUCUGAAAGUUGCAGUGCCAAUUUUAAAGGACUGAGGAGGGGACACGUUGUUGUUUUAUGCUUUUUAAAUAUGCAGUGUGUUGCUUAAGUCUGUGUAGAUGCAUUUGUAUUAUGCCACGUAAAGCUCUCGUCCCCAAGGGACCUUUUGGAGCUGCUGGUUUGUUACAUUAGCAGGGGCUUGUGCUGGUGGUGUCUCUGUGUGGCUGAAGGUGCUGCCAGGAAAUCUGAACGUCCCAUGGGCUGCUUCAGUGGGUGCUCUGAGCCUAGGAAUGGGGUACAGAACUCACCUCUGCCCUUCUCUGGGAGAGGAAACUUGACAGCAGAAGUGCUGUGCUUGUAGUAAACACACAGCAAUGCCCAGGCACUGAUGAAAGAGCAAAUUGAAGAGAGAUUAAAGCCUCAACUGUGACUUUCUUAAGGGUGUUUGGUUUGGUGGAACCUGGAGUGUUGCUUUUCUGGAUUCUCUGAUCCAUUUUUACCCUUUUCCUUAUUUAAACACUCCUGGGCCAUAUCCUUUUGUACAAAGGAAUCCUAAAUAUGUUUGUCAGGGUCUCUGUUUUUAACUCUUUUGUGCCAGUUUGUGUAAGAGCAGUGUGGUGGUAGGGAAAUGGAGAGGGAAAGCUUAUUGAUACAUUUUUUAGCUGUCUAGACUCUCAGAUUUCCUGUGAUAGAUAAACAAUAAACAAGCACAUUUGCUCUGUAGCCACUGCAGAUUCUUCCACAAGAUUAUUUAAAAAAAACCUCCAACUUCUCCAACUCCUGUCACUUCUUGCCAAGGCUGAACAGCCUGGAAGCCUGCACAGUCUAUGUGUGUGCUCUCAGAGCAGGCUGCAGCUGCUGCCUUUUGGAAGAAUGUGAGGCUUGUGGAGGCAAAGGCUCACAAGACAGCUCUGUCAUGGUGAGGGGAGUCCUUGGAGGGCUGUCCUUACCCUCUCUGGUGGCUGGGCAGCACCUCAGUGAGAUGCAGCUGCAUUUGGCACAUGUGCUUCAGUUUCCACAGUCUUAAAAUCUAAUGUGAAAGCCUGAUUGCUGUGCUGGGAAAGCCACACCUCUGCCUCUAGAAGCACAGGGGGAAGAUCCAGUGGGCAGAGCAUUGUUCCACGCCUGUGAACUCUUCCAUGGUGUGGAAUAAAACAAUUCCAGGUGAAGCCUGUGUUGGUGUGACACCCCUCACAGAAAAGCAGCGUGUUUACAACGGACUGCAGACAUCAUGAUACCAGCAACCCUCUCCUGACUGCUCCACAGGGCACCUCCUGCUGUGAAACAGUGUCUGUGCAGGCUACCUGGGUAUCAGGACUCUGGGAUCUUCAGUUCUUCCACUUCUGGCUUUUGCCUCAGCCACUUUGAGCAGUGGGGAAAUCCCUACCUCACAGGGCUGUUGUGAGGCUGAAAUGUAAUUGCUGUGUGGGAUGCUUUCAAUCCAUCCAUCCCCAGAAAGUGUUCCAUUCAUCCUGAGCAACCUGAGACUUCUGAGCCUGGUGGGAGCUUUUCAUAGCAGAAAACAUGGGGGAUGUUACUCAACACUUUUGGCCAGCUGGUGUUCUGUGGUGGCCUUCCAGAAUUGCUGUGUGGUACAAAAACUGUAGCAGAACAAGACUUCCUGUUUUCACCAGGGUUGAACUGUUGCUGUUCCACAGCCUGCUCUAUACAGGGGGUCCUGCUAGAGCAGGAUCUGUUUUUAAAUAGGACUGGAUACAAUUCUCUCAUCAGGGAGUCAGCUUCACUGGCCUUGCAGCAAUGGGGGGAGCUGGUGCUUCCCAGGCCCUCAUUUCAGACUGGGUGAGGAACAGUUAAAAACUCUGCUUCCUUUGUGCCUCACCCCAUGCUUGUGGGAAGCUAGCUGGGGAGGGUGGGCUCUGUGCUCUCAUUUCUCCAGGCUUAUGCUUCUUGGAACAUCCUUGUCUCCUGUUCCAACCCUGCAGCUUUUGUACUCUGGAGGCCCUGGAUGCAGCUGCUCCAGCACCCUGUGUGCCUCUCAUUGAGCCCCAGAGCAGCAGCACAGCUUUGCCUCACCUCUCUGGGCUUUGGGAGCUGCUCUGUUCCCCAGGGAGGGGCAGAGAGCCUCAGGCUGGGUGUCAUUGUCACAGUCCUGCCUGCUCCAGAGAGAUGAUGGGAUUUGGGAGCUCUGGCUGUGCUGUAGAGCCUGGUAGCAGGCACAGGCUGUGAGAGUUCAGGAGGAAACAACCCAACACUCCAUCAGAACCACAAAUGUGAACAAGAGGCACCAGUCCCAGCACCUGUUCCCUGCACAAGUGCUGUGGGAGCAGGUGACACUGAGGAGCCUCUGGCAGACCUUCCUCCCCUUUCCAGCUCGUGUGUGCUGGCUCCAGUUUGUCUUCUCAGUUACAUCAAACCUCUCCAAAUGCUCCAAGGAAAGACAGCAACCUCUUUCAUAGUUAACCUCUACUCUCCUCCCUGAAUCCCCAGCCAUUGUGGGUUGGGAAAUGAGACUGUUGGCUGAAUCCAGCCUGAAAUGCCUGUGUGGGCACAUUGUAACAGGAGGUUUUUGUCAUUCCCCCUCACAAAGAGGGGAAGGAAAGUGUCACCCAUUCAUGUGGCAGUCCCACUGUCAGCUCCAAGCCCUUAGCUGCUUUUAUCACCCAUCCAGCAGAGCUGGGAUACUUGUCUUGUUCGGAUGAUUGUGAUUUUGCUUUUUAUUUUAAAUAAAAUCAAUUAUUUUGCAUUA